UCUCCUGCACUGAUGGAGCAGAAAACAGCUCAAGGUUGGGACUGCAGUCCAUGAGGAAAAAUGUGACAGGAGUUCCAUGAGGGUGCAAGAAAUGUAAUGCCCUAAAGCUGUUCACAAUGCUACCUGCUGAGAACACGAGCGUUGUUUCUGCUGCAGAUUUCUGCCCCAACUGCAGUUCUUCAAAUCAUCCAGAUGUGGAUGUAGCCAAAGUCAUAAUUCUGGUGGUUGUGUUGGUGGUUUUCGUCGUGUUUGGCGUCUUCGGCAACAUCCUGGUCAUCCUGUCCGUGGUGUUCCAUCACCAGUGGCGUUCUGUGACACAUUACUUUAUUGCCAACUUGGCAGCCGCAGACCUGCUGCUCAGCUCCGCCGUCCUGCCUUUCUCUGCCACCUCGGAAGCUCUCGGCAGGUGGGUGUUUGGUCGCUCCUUCUGCAACGUCUGGGCUGCCCUAGAUGUCCUCUGCUGCACCGCCUCCAUCCUCAGCCUGUGUGUGAUUUCUAUCGAUCGGUAUGUUGCUGUCAGCUACCCUCUGCGCUAUCCUGCUCUGGCUACCGGGCGACGAGGCCUGACUGCAGUGGCCGCUCUCUGGGGACUCUCAGCGGCCAUAUCGGUGGGCCCUCUGUUUGGCUGGAAGGAGCCCGACCCAGAGGAUGAGACUGUGUGCCGAAUCACAGAGGAGCCCGGCUAUGCUUUGUUUUCAGCAUUAGGCUCUUUCUAUAUACCACUGGCCAUCAUCUUAGCCAUGUACUGCCGGGUGUACACUGUGGCACGAAGAGAGACCAAAACCCUCAGGGAAUGCCAGAAGGGAGCAGGAGUGGAGAUGGAGGGAGUGAGGUUGAGGAUACACAGAGGGAAUUCUGCCCAGACAGACAAAGAGGAGAAUGAAGGAGAUACUGCAAUGCACAAACGCUCCUCCUUUUCCCUGUCGAAGUUGCUGAAGUUCUCAAGAGAAGAGAAGGCUGCGAGGACUCUAGGCAUUGUUGUAGGAUGCUUCAUUUUGUGCUGGCUUCCCUUUUUCCUGGUAUUACCCAUCGGGUCCAUCUUCCCAUCAUGGAAGCCCUCUGAAACCAUUUUUAAGAUAACCUUCUGGCUCGGUUACCUCAACAGCUGCAUUAACCCCAUCAUCUACCCGUGCUUCAGCCAGGAGUUCAAAAGAGCCUUCCACAACGUCCUGCACGGGCGCUGCUUGAGAACUGGGGUGCCCUUCGCCAAGCCGCAAGGACACAUUACCACCCAUUCCUUCAGCGCAGGCCCCACCUCUAAUGCACAUGUUACCUCGCUCCAAAACCGUGUGGCUGUUUCCUCAUGGACCUGCUGCAGGCUGCUUUCCACCUCCACCUCAUCUGUCGGCGGUCCAGACCAGGUUCAGAGUGCAGAAGUGCAAAGAAGGAGCCUGCUGAAGGCUUGGUGUUUCUCUGCGAGGAGAACUCCUGUACCACAGAAGCCCUCCGCUCGUGGAUCAGCCAAGGUUUUACAGCUCUCCCUUGGCAUUUCAGGGGAAGCUGUUUGAUCGGCACGUUUAGACACUUCAGGGUAUUCCCGAAGUCUCCUGAGAGAAACACUUACGUACUGUAUGAUUCUUAUGUUUGCAGAUUCCUCAGAUACCAU